GGAGCUGGACAAUGGCAGGAAGUUGGCUUGGAGUUCACUUUGGCAGUGGGACUGGAGUCAUUUAGUGAUUGUGCUGCAAACAGACACCAUGGCCGUCCUGGGACUGAUCCUUCUCAUCUUUAUUGGCAUGGACACUGCAGGAGCUGCUGUGAGACCUGAGAUUUCCUUCUCCCCAAACUGGAGCCCAAUAUUCACAGGAGAACCUGUAACUCUGACCUGUAAUGUGGCUCCUACUGCCCAAGGGAACCUGGAAUAUUCCUGGUACAGGGAUGGACACCGGAUACCUGGGGAUCAGCAGAGACUUGAAGGAGUGAUUUAUAAAGGGAAUUACCAGUGCCAGGCUGGUGCCAGUGAGAGAAGUGAAUCUGUUAGACUGGAUGUGAGUUCUGAUCUGCUCAUCCUGCAGGCGCCCCCUGAUGUUCAUGAAGGAGACUCCCUGGGGCAAAUUCACUAAGCGCCGAAGCGCCUAACGCUAGCACCCUUACGCCUGGCGAAUUUUCGCUACAGA